CAUUAGUUAUAAGUAACACUGUAAGGCACGCGAGUUACUGCGCUUCUGUUGCGUACCACGACAUGAAAAGUAUUACUUAGUACUCCCUUCCGUUCUCGUCUAAUUGUACAAUCUCUUCGAUCAACGAUUCGGCUGUCGCCCGGUACCUCAAAAAUUAGCAGCAGCAACAGCUGCUACUACUACUGCCACUACUGCAGUCACAUCUGGAUAACUGUAGUUAGUAGUAGUAUAACAUGCUUUUGUAGUCAUUACCGUCAUCACAUGGCAAAUGCAUUGAAACAAAAGCGAUAUACGCAACAGUAAUCUGUGUAGAAACUCACCAAGAUACUAGAAAGAAAGAAAAAGAAAACUUUCAUAUCUGUUUUGUGUUUCUUUUCCCCACUCUUGUCUCUAAUUGAUAAAAUUCAUCCUCGUCAUUCGGAUUUGUGUCGCGACAAGGAUGGAUACUCUUCCUGACAAAAUCUCAUCUGUAUCUGAUUCAUCAGAAAAUACUCAAGACAGUAUAGAAGAUGAAUUUUUGGAGAUGAUGACUGCUGGUUCUCAGUCAAGUUCUGAAAGUGUUGAUGGAACAAGUGUCGAUGUAGUAACAUCUAAUUUCCCACUUGUCUUUCCUCAACAAUCUUAUCACUCAGAUGGAAUUGGUCAUCGACCUGUUCUCAGGCAUACGAUGUCAGGUGUUAACCUGGAUCAUCGAGGGAAACGUUCUACUUACCCGAAAGAUUUCACAGUUGCCACACCGGAAGAAUUUGUGAAGAAGUUUGGUGGUAAUAAAGUUAUCAACACAGUUCUGAUAGCAAACAAUGGUAUUGCAGCUGUUAAAUGCAUACGUUCUGUACGGCGAUGGGCAUAUGAGAUGUUCCGCAAUGAAAGAGCCAUUCGAUUUGUUGUCAUGGUUACCCCAGAGGAUUUGAAAGCAAAUGCUGAAUACAUACGUAUGGGUGACCAGUACGUUCCAGUUCAAGGAGGAUCAAAUCAUAAUAAUUAUGCCAAUGUAGAACUUAUUUUGGACAUUGCUAAACGGACACAGGUGCAAGCAGUUUGGGCUGGUUGGGGCCAUGCUUCAGAAAAUCCUCGACUUCCAGAGCUACUUCAUAAACACGGAAUAACAUUCAUUGGACCACCAGAAGGGGCCAUGUGGGCCCUUGGAGAUAAGAUAGCAUCAACCAUUGUGGCACAGACUGCUGGUGUUCCCACUCUCCCUUGGAGUGGAACAGGUUUAAGUCUAAAGAAGAGUGAUAUAGAACUAAAUAAGGGCCAAACACAAAUGGUACCUAAAGACCUAUAUAAUAAAGGAUGCAUUCAGAAUGUGGAUGAGGCCUUACAAGUGGCUUACAAGAUUGGUUUUCCUGUCAUGAUCAAGGCAUCAGAAGGUGGGGGUGGACGUGGUAUCAGAAAAGCAAAUAAUGCUGAUGAUUUUCUAAAUUUAUUCAGACAGGUACAAAGUGAAGUGCCUGGCUCACCAAUAUUUGUCAUGAAACUUGCAAUGGCUGCUCGUCAUCUUGAGGUUCAGAUAUUAGCUGACAACUAUGGCAAUGCAAUCUCUCUGUUUGGCAGAGACUGUUCAAUUCAAAGGCGUCAUCAAAAAAUCAUUGAAGAAGCACCUGUUGUUGUUGCAAAGCCAGAAACAUUUGAAGAAAUGGAAAAGGCUGCUGUGACAUUAGCAAAAAUGGUUGGUUAUGUGAGUGCAGGAACAGUGGAAUACCUAUAUUGUGAAGAUGACUCAUUCUACUUUCUUGAAUUAAAUCCACGGUUACAAGUGGAACAUCCAUGUACAGAGAUGAUUGCAGAUGUUAACCUUCCCGCCGCCCAAUUGCAGAUUGCAAUGGGAAUUCCGUUGUACAGAAUCAAAGACAUACGUCUGUUGUAUGGAGAAGAUCCUGCAGGUGACCAAAUCAUUCCAUUUGAUGAUUUGAAAAUUAAACCACAACCACGGGGUCAUGUUAUUGCUGCAAGAAUCACCAGUGAAAAUCCAGAAGAGGGCUUUAAACCCAGCUCAGGCACUGUUCAGGAGUUGAACUUCCGCAGCAGCAAGAAUGUCUGGGGUUACUUUAGUGUUGUAGCAUCUGGAGGUCUCCAUGAAUUUGCUGAUUCCCAAUUUGGUCAUUGUUUUUCAUGGGGAGAAUGCCGGGAGGAUGCACGAGAAAAUAUGGUUGUGGCGUUGAAUGAAUUAUCUAUCCGUGGUGAUUUCCGUACCACUGUAGAAUACCUUACUCGCCUCUUGGAAACUGAAGAUUUUCAAAUGAAUGUCUUAACUACUGGUUGGCUUGAUAAGUUGAUCGCUACAAAGUUUCAGGCUGAAAAACCUGAUAUAAUUCUUGGUGUCAUCAGUGGAUCUCUCCAUCUUGCUGAUCAUACAAUAUUCACUUGUUUCCAGAACUUUCAAAAUGCUUUAGAAAGAGGCCAGAUAUUUCCUGCAAAUUCUCUGAAAAAUAAAGUGGAUGUCGAGUUCAUUUACGAUGGUGUGAAAUAUGUUACGACAGUUGUGAGGACAGGACUGGCAAGUUACUUUGUUCUAAUGAAUGGCUCCUACAUGGAUAUUGAAGCUCAUCGUCUGACCGAUGGUGGGUUAUUGCUAUCAGUAGGUGGAUCCAGUUAUACCACUUACAUGAAGGAAGAAGUUGAUAGCUACAGAGUUACCAUCGGCAAUAAAACUUGUGUCUUUCUGAAAGAAAAUGACCCCACUGUACUCAGAUCCCCAUCUGCUGGAAAACUACUUUCAUAUAAAGUAGAAGACGGAGGACAUCUUUUCAGUGGGGAGCCGUAUGCUGAAAUGGAAGUUAUGAAAAUGAAUCUUACUCUUAAAGUUCCAGAAAGUGGUUGCAUUUAUUAUAAAAAACGCCCUGGAGCUCUACUUGAGCCUGGUGUAACUAUUGCUACCUUAGAUUUAGAUGACCCAAGUAGAACACAACAGGCGGAACUUUAUGAUGGUAGCUUACCAUACAACAGAAAUCAAUCAACUAGUGGUAACAAGCUGCAUCAAGUGUUUACAAGUAUCAAAGCUGAACUGGAGAACAUUUUAGCAGGCUAUGUCUUACCAAGUCCAUAUUUUAGUGAACGCCUCAAGGAAUCUGUCCAAACACUAAUGAAAUGUUUGCGAGACCCUAAUCUGCCUUUGCUUGAACUUCAGGACCUCAUUUCUAUGAGUGCUGGAAGAGUGGCACCACAUGUAGAAAAGUCAAUUCGUAAAUUAAUAACAUCAUAUGCUAAAAAUAUAACAUCAGUUCUCUCCCAGUUUCCAAGUCAAGAUAUUGCUCAUGUGAUUGACAGUCAUGCAGCCACACUAAACCGACGAGCUGAAAGAGAGGUGUUUUUUAUGACCACCCAAGGAAUUGUGCAGCUUGUGCAGAGAUAUCGAAAUGGUAUCCGAGGCCACAUGAAAUCAGUUGUUCGUGAUCUUUUGAAAUGUUAUGUUCAAGUUGAAGCUCAGUUUCAGCAUGGUCACUAUGAUAAAUGUGUUGCCCAAGUUCGAGAAAGACACAAGGAUGACAUGGGUGCAGUUACAGCUACAAUUUUUUCUCAUUCUGCAAUUGCGGAAAAGAAUGAACUGGUCAUAUUACUCAUAGAAUACCUGUGUGGAAAUGAAUCUGGUCUCACUGAUGACCUAGCACAGAUUCUCAGUGAGUUGACCACUCUGAACAAAACUGAAAAUGCCAAAGUAGCUCUCCGAGCACGACAGAUUCUGAUUGCUGCACAUCAGCCUGCCUUUGAACUGCGACAUAAUCAAAUGGAAUCAAUCUUUCUGUCUGCUAUUAAUAUAUCUGGUCACGAUUUCUGCCCUGAGAACCUUCAGAAACUUAUUAAUUCUGAGACUGCUAUUUAUGAUGUUUUGCAAGAAUUCUUUUUCCAUUCAAACUCUUUGGUGAGAACAGCAGCUUUAGAGGUGUAUGUCCGAAGAGCCUAUACUGCUUAUGAACUUGUGUGUUUGCGUCAUGAUCAACUCUUGAAUAGUCUCUGUGUUGUUGAAUUCAAGUUUCUUUUGCCAACAUCUCACCCCAACAGGUUGACUCAUCCUGGAUUGAUGGUAAUGCGGUUUGAUGGCAGCAUAACAAAAGAUGAUAUAAAACAGCAAUGGGAUCAUAAUGAGUCUUCCAUGCUCACUGAGAGGAUGGGUAUUGUUGCUGCUUUCUCAUCAUUUGCAGAACUCAGAGAAUAUUUUGAUGAAUUAAUGCUGAGGUUUUCUGAUGAAGAUGCAUCUGAAAUUCCUUUAAUACAGAAGACUUUACAAUCAGGAAUGGAAGAUGCUGUUUCUAUACAAAGUACAUCUGACAUUGAUGAGCCUAUUAAUAUUAUCAAUGUGUCUAUCAAAUAUUCUGAGAAACUGGAUGAUGAAACUUUGGCUCAAACAUUUCAAGAGUUCUGUAAAGAGAAGGAGAAAAUAUUAAGUGAAAAGGGCAUACGCAGAAUAACUUUCUUGGUUCUGUUUAAGCGGGAAUUUCCUCAAUUCUUCACUUUCCGUGCCCGUUUUGGGUUUGAAGAGGAUAAAAUUUACCGCCAUCUUGAACCUGCCCUGGCAUUCCAAUUGGAGAUCAAUCGGUUAAGAAACUUUGAUCUUGAAGCUAUUCCCACUGCCAACCAUAAGAUGCAUCUCUACUUGGGAAAAGCUAAGGUUGCAAAAGGCCAAGAAGUUACUGACUAUAGAUUCUUUGUGCGUUCUAUUAUUCGUCAUUCAGACUUGGUCACAAAGGAAGCAUCUUUUGAAUAUUUACAAAAUGAAGGGGAACGGACAUUGCUUGAAGCCAUGGAUGCUCUUGAAGUUGCUUUCUCACAUCCAUUUUCUAAAAGAACUGACUGCAAUCAUAUCUUUUUGAACUUUGUACCAACACUGACUCUGUCUGAACCUGGCAAGCUGGAAGAUACAGUACGGAAUAUCGUAAUGCGUUAUGGUAGCAGACUGUGGAAACUACGUGUGAUGCAUUCAGAACUGAAGUUUAUGAUUCGACUACAUUCCAAUGGUUCAAGCUUCCCGAUUCGACUAAAUGUGACCAAUGAGAGUGGAUAUUAUUUAGAUAUAUCUCUUUACCGAGAGGUUACAGAUGCAAAAACAGGUUUGGUUAUGUUUCAAGGAUACGGCACCAAACAAGGACCAUACCAUGGCCUUUUGACAAGCACUCCUUACAUGACAAAGGAUCAUUUACAGCUGAAACGCUUUCAAGCCCAGUCUAGCGGGACAACAUAUGUUUAUGAUUUCCCCGAGAUGUUCCGACAGGCUCUCAUGAAACUCUGGCAAGAAUAUUCUAUGCAAGCUGGUGAAGGAGAUCUCACUCUAAUGUCUGAUAUGUUUAUUUACAUUGAACUUGUACUUGAUAGCCAUGGACAAAUCUGUAUGCAGAACCGAUUACACGGCCAAAAUGAAGUUGGUAUGGUUGCUUGGAAAAUGACUUUGAAAACACCUGAAUUUCAAAAUGGCCGAGAUAUUAUUGUCAUUGCAAAUGAUAUCACACAUAAAAUAGGUUCUUUCGGACCUCAAGAAGAUCUGUUGUUCAAAGGUGCAUCUGAACUGGCUCGCAAAUUAAAAAUACCCCGUAUUUACCUGGCAGCAAACAGUGGUGCUAGAAUUGGUCUAGCAGAAGAGAUUAAGCAUUUGUUCCGUGUGGCCUGGGUUGAUCAAAUCGAUCCUAAUAAAGGUUUCAAAUAUCUUUAUCUCCGACCUGAUGAUUUCAAGAAAGUUAGUGCUGCCAAUUCUGUCCGAGCUGAACUGAUAGAUGAUGAUGGAGAAGCACGUUAUAAGAUUACUGAUAUCAUAGGUAAAGAAGAUGGAAUUGGUGUUGAAAACUUGAGGGGUUCUGGUAUGAUUGCAGGAGAGACGUCUCAAGCUUAUGAUGAAAUUGUUACAAUAAGUUUGGUGACUUGUCGAGCUAUUGGCAUUGGUGCUUAUCUUGUGAGACUUGGCCAAAGAAUUAUUCAAGUAGAGAACUCGCAUAUCAUUUUAACUGGUGCUGGAGCUCUGAAUAAAGUGCUUGGCCGAGAAGUGUAUACAAGCAACACUCAGUUGGGUGGUAUCCAAAUCAUGCACAAUAAUGGUAUUUCCCAUGAUGUGGCCUCAGAUGAUUUUGAGGGAGUUUACAAAAUAUUACAGUGGCUCUCUUACAUGCCUAAGUUUCACGGUGGACCACUGCCAAUUGUUCGUCCUCUUGAUCCAAUUGAUCGUACCAUUGAAUUUACUCCAAGUAAAACCAGUUACAAUCCUCGUAUGAUGCUUUGUGGCAGGAAAGACUCAAAUGGUGACUGGAUCAGUGGCUUCUUUGAUCGUGAUUCCUUCAUGGAGAUAAUGCGUCCCUGGGCACAAACAGUCAUUUGUGGACGUGCACGUUUGGGAGGAAUUCCAAUUGGUGUUGUAUGUGUAGAGACUCGUACUGUGGAAGUUACCAUUCCUGCUGAUCCAGCUAACCUUGAUUCAGAAUCAAAAAAUCUUCAACAAGCCGGACAAGUGUGGUUUCCUGAUUCUGCCUACAAAACUGCUCAGACAAUUAAAGAUUUUAAUCAAGAAGAAUUACCUUUAAUCAUUUUUGCCAACUGGAGAGGAUUUUCUGGUGGAAUGAAAGAUAUGUAUGACCAGAUUAUCAAGUUUGGCUCCUACAUUGUUGAUGCCCUUCGUGUUUACAAACAGCCAGUCAUGAUUUACAUUCCACCUUAUGCUGAAUUACGAGGUGGUGCAUGGGUUGUCCUUGAUCCCUCCAUUAAUCCAACACACAUGGAAAUAUUUGCUGAUGAAUAUGCCAGAGGUGGUGUGUUAGAACCACAAGGUACUGUUGAAAUUAAAUUCCGAAGAAAAGAUCUUGUUAAGGCUAUUCGCCGUAUUGAUCCCCAAUGUGCCAAGCUGGUGGAACAACUCAACUGUCCAACUCUGACCAAAGAGGAGAAAAAUCAGCUAGAGUUGGACUUGAGCAACAGUGAAAAUGAACUGAUGUCCAUCUACCAGCAGGUAGCGGUAGAAUUUGCUGACCUUCAUGACACUGCUGGACGCAUGGUAGACAAAGAAGUCAUAAAUGAGAUUGUGCGAUGGAAUACGAGUCGCGAAUUCUUUUAUUGGCGUUUGCGUCGCAGACUUCUGGAAAGUCAGCUAAAGAUGAAGAUGAUACAAUUUACCAAAGAUCUGCAAGAUGGGCAAUUAAACUCCAUGUUGCGUAGAUGGUUUGUUGAAGACCAGUCAACAGUAAACGCAUAUUUGUGGGAAAACGACAAGGCUGUUGUUGAAUGGUUGCGAGAUCAAAUGGAUGAUGACGGGCUCCAUAAUGCCAUUGCAGAAAACAUAAAGUGUCUGCAGAGAGACCAUGUCAUUCAACAAAUUCGAAGUUUGAUCCAGAACAAUCCUGAAGUUGCCAUGGACUCAAUUAUUCAUAUCAAGCAACACAUGAGCCCAACACAGAAAGCUGAAGUGUCCCGUAUUUUCACUAACAUAGACACAUGAUCAGUCAGUCCUUGAUAAUAGUGGAAUGUUUCUAUUUAUUCCAAAUUAUCAUUGCUGAAUGUUUCUUAAUUUAUUAUUUUUCUAUUAUAUAUAUAUAUAUAUAUAUAUAUAUAUAUAUAUUCUUUAAAUUUUCCUGUUAUGUAUGUUGAAUUUCCAGUUUUGUGGCUAUUUAUUUUUAAUUUUCAUUCAUAUGUUGACUGUUUCUGUUCAAUUUGUUUAACAAAUAUGUCUCACUAGUACUUCCUACUUUUUCCAACAAUGCAUAAUUUUUAGAUUUAAUCUUACACUUUGUUAAAUUGAAAAUAUAAAUUUGUACAUAAUAAUACUUUGGCAUUUUUGUUAGCUUGUUAUAUUUUCCUUAGUGGCCUUCUCAUAGCUCUUUAUCAGGUUUUUGCAAUGUAACUAUUACUGCUUACAUCAUCAUCAUCAUUAUUAUUAUUAUUAUUAAGGUGAUGAGCUGGCAGAAUCGUUAGCACAUUGGGCAAAAUGCUUAGCAGUAUUUCGUCUGUCUUCACAUUUUAAGUUCAAAUUCUGCCGAGGUCGACUUUGCUUUUCAUCCUUCCAAGGUCAAUAAAAUAAGUACCAGUUGAGUACUAGAAUUGAUGUAAUCAACUAUCCCUUUCCCCUAAAUUUCAGGCCUUGUGCCUAUAGUAGAAAGGAUUAUUAUUAUCAUCAUUAUUAUUGUGGGUAUUGGAGUGAUUGAAAACACUAGAGUACUGGACCAGAUGAUUUGCAGUACAUCUAUCCUUGUUCAUCACAGGUGUUUGGUUAAAAAAAAAACACAGAAUUAAAUGAGACAGUGGUAAAUGAAUAAUAGACCAUAUGGGAAAUAUAGGUUUUGUUUCAAGUCCCCAAGUCUGCAGUCCAAGCAGCAUUGUUGACUGAUCGCCCGCUUGUGUUAUCACAGAUCAAUUCAUGAUAAGUCUAACAUAGUCCACAGUGAGUGUGCCAUGUUAUCCUGGAUCAGAGCUGAAUGAAUCUAUGAUAGAUGAAGAUAGAUGUACUUGGUUUUGUCACUUUAUGGUCUGAGUGCUAAUGUUGCUGGGCUCAGCUUUACUUUCCAUUUCUCCUUGGCAAUGGCCAAUAAAAUAAGUACUCAGAGUGUUAACUUUACUACUGCUAUAUAAAUUUUGAACCUUUGCCAAUGUUGAUAGUAUCAGUAGAGCAUUGGGCUUCAUGUCUUGUGAUAUUUAAAUUUUGAAUCCACAUCUCGCCAAAGUCAGUUUUGCUUUUCAUCCUUUCAGAGUUGAUGUAUUAAAGUUCCUGUCAUUUACUGGUCUUAGUAUAAUCAACAGUAUCCUUGUAAAUUAUAUGACUUUGUGUCAGAAGUCCACUAUUUUCUUUUAUUGCCAUACUUAUUGCCAUUUAAAGUGCAUGAAUGCCACAAAUUCCAAAUUUUUCUUUAAAAAUCUGAUUUUAUGUCUAUGUAAAAAGAAAAAGUACAAAUAAUAAUAAUGACUUUCAAAUAUAAAUGUGUAAUAUUUUUAGACUACUGUAACUAACCAGUUUAUAAUCAUAUUGCUUCCUAAGGAAAUGAAAAUGUUACAUGCAAGAGUUCACAUAAAUAUUCACUGUCAAAUGUGAUUAUUCCAUUUAAGAAGGGUUUGAAGAAGACAACUUAAAAUUAAAAGAAAAGAAUGAUUUCUUGUCCUUUUGUGUGUAGCUGGUGAUAUUACUGUUAUCCAUUGUAAAAUUAUUUCAGUUUGAAUGUUUAAAUUACCUGGUGAUGCAGCUUCUGUUGACCGUUCUACUGUUAGUAAUUUCUCUUGAAUUACUAAAUAUGCUUUAUUAGUAUCUAGAAGUUUAAAAGUGAAAUACAUGUCAAGACAAAAACAAAUGUAAAAUAAAAAUAUAUUUUGAAAAAGAAAACUAAAAAUAUAUUUUGUUCAAGUAAAAUGAAACUUAAACAGAAAAAAAAAAAGAAAAGAAUUUAAUAUUCUUUGCAUUGAAGUAAAUUUUUGGUGCUUUGUCUGAUAGCUGGAUUGUUCUGUGUAAUGUAAGUAAUCUUGCUUACACAGUCAGUACUUGCUCUAGUACACACUGAAGUAGUCAAUGCUAGCUUUAUGGUAAAAUGGUGACUUGUUUGAGAGCUGAACAUCAUAUUCUCUUGCAACGGGAUACUGAAGUCCCAAUCUCCUCAGGGCUUACUUUAAAAAAAAAAAUUAAGGGUAAAAUAUUGGUCUUAGUUAUAUGCUAACAAGGACAUGUGGGGACCUUGUUCAGAGAUGAAACAUUUAAUCACCUAUUUUUGUUUUACUCCCAUUUACAAUCCCUUUUAUUUUUGGUACUGUUCUUGCUUUCCUUCAUGUUUGGAUGUGAUUUUCUCUUGCUAGCAUUGGUUGGAUGGAUCUGCAAAUGUUGAUAUUUGCAUGAAAUGCUAGAUUUAAGGUACUCUACAACCACAUUUCCUUGCUUAUGCAAACCAUUCAUCUAAAUAAGAAUGAUUGUAACCAUGUUCAUUUCACAGGAACUUUUUACCCUUUAAAGUCUACAGCCCAACACUUAAAUAACUUAAGUCACCCUGUCCAUUUGAAUAUUAGUUUCUCUGUAUAAUUCUUUUAUUUAUUGGACAAUCACAUGUGAUAUUUAUUAAUCAUGGAUUCAUUUUUAAGAAAAAAAUAUAAUUUAUCCUGAUAGAAAAUAUUGUGACAUCUAAUUUAUACAUUUGUUGCAACCUUUCUACCCCGGUGUGUUUUGACCUUAACCCAAUAAGGGUCGCUUAUUUUGACAGUAAUAGAGGCAGGGAGUUGUAUGCUAAAUAACUAAAAAAUAAUACUUGGUAGUUUUUUUCCCCGCCUUUCUGUUUGCUUCUGGACAGAUAUAUUCACACUAACUGGAAGCUUAUUGUAGCUUGAAUAUUUAUAGUGAUGUGGUACUGAGACACUUGCUGGGUCCUUGCAUUUUUGAGAGUGUCUUAACAAUAGUGAGACCCUAGUUUUUGAGUAUCUUAAAAAAAAAGAAAAGGUAGAUUAUUAAAUUUGAUUUAUGCUUGGUGGAGUUGGGGUUAGCAUAAAAGAAACUGAUGCAAACAUUUACCAUCCAUGUCUCUAACUAAUUACAAUAAUUUGAAGCACAAAAACCAUUUACAAACACACACACAUACACAGUGUAUAUAUAUAUAUAUAUGUGUGUGUGUAUAGGUACCUUAUUUAAUAUAUUAUCUUGAUAUAUCUAUACAUAUAUAUUUAUGUAUGUAUAGAUACUAAUGCAUAUAUAUUAAGUAUCGUCAAAAAUUAAUCCUUUCAAUAUCAAUCUACCUGAGAUUGCCCUUGGGUCUCUGAUACAACACCUUAUGUUUUAUUAUGCAAGAACCUUCUGUUAUAUUUAAAAUAUCAGCUUAAUAAUGCUUAAUUUAGUCAUUUUAUGAAAUACUUCAUCCUGCUUAAUUUCAAGAUUAAUUUAAAUAUAUUAGUAGUAUAUUUGAUUAGAAAUAGGGUCUUGAAAAUAUUUAGAAAGUAAUAUUUUUGUCUCUUAGUGCAAAAGCUGAGUUGAAGAAGUACUGGACAAUUUACUCUUCCCUCAGGAAUCCAUUAUUGCUUUGCAUUAUUGUGUUCUACAUAACACUCUGAAAAUUUGUUUGUCUCCGAUCUCAAACUAAAUAAAAGCUUUAGAAAGCCCCUUUAGCUUUAAACAUCAAAAUUCUGAAUUUGUUAACAAUAAAGAAUGAAUAGCUUAGUAUUUCUUCAGGUAAAUGUUACUUGAGUAAAGUGUUGCACAGUGCUAAUAUUUCCAACUUCCCGCAGAAUGAAAUUACAUUCUAAUAAAGAUUGAGAUUUAUCUUAGUCUGAAGAACAAGGAUUAAGAUACCCUACAAUCACAUGUCCUUGCUAAUGCCAACCGUUCAUCUAAAUAAUGAUGACUGUAAAUCUUCAGGAAAAUUAAACAUAAAUAGUGCUUGUAUUGUUUGAUUAGUUAUCCUAGUGUAGGGCUGACUGGAAAUGCUAAUUAAAGAAUUCUAAGUAAUAAUUUCUGUCUAACUUUUUAGUACUCUUAAUUAAGUAAGAUAUUAGUGAAAUCACUCAUUGAUACCCAUUAAUAUUUUUUUUGUAAUUAUUAUUCAUUCCCCAAACUAAAUUAAACAUGAACUUGAACCCUUUAGCAUUCAGAUUACUCUACCAAAUGUAAUACUUACUUAUUCACACUACUUUGAAUUCAUUUAUGCAUUAUGUUGUGGCAAGGUUUUGAUGAUGGAAUUGUUUAUUUUUAGAAGGACAUUGUAUGGAAGGUGUGAGUAACUAAUUGGAACAUAAAACAGGUAGAAUAUUUAAGCUGGAUAUAGCCAGUUUCAAUGCUAAAGGGUUAAAAUAAUCUCAUCAGAAAACUCUUUGUGAAAACCUCUAUAAAUGGGCUCAUUUCUUGGAAAAAGAGAUUAGAUUUGUUAAUUUUGAGAGAGAGUGAAAGGAGUCUCUUCCCCUUUUAUUUUGUAACAUGCCAAAUGAAGGAUGUUUUGUUAUGAAAGAUAUCCUGAGGUAUUGAAAUGACAGCUUCAAGGGGUGUUGAGAUGUUCAUGUUAAAAAUUUUCUUUUCAAAUGAUUUGCAUUAAUUUCACCCCUUGAUAUUUGUUGGUAUGUGAGUAAAGCCCACAUAGACACAGAUGAGUACAUGUACAUAAACAUACUCACACAGUCAUUGUAUGUAUGCAGAUACAUAAAUAUACACAUCAACAAGACAUUACAUAACUAUAUGUAUGACUGAAAUCUUUUACGUUCAAGUUUGUAAGUCCCAUUGAUACCAGUGAGGUAUCAUAUUGAUACCCUUCUAGUGACAUCACUAAUAUCCCCAAAUAUUGGAAAUAACUUCAUUUUGUUUUAUUAAUUGCUUAUAUUAAAUUGUAAAGAGAGUAUUGUAAAUCUUGGAAACUGUGCUCCUACUGGGACCAAUCAUGUUUGUAAAUAAAGAAAAAAAAAUAUAACCAUU